CCCACUCUCUCACUUUAAAAUCUCUCUUCCUAUAGUUUCUCUCUCACUCUUAAACGCUUCGUCUUUCUUUCCCUGUCGUUUAGUGUGAAGAAGAAGCAUAUUCUCUCCUGGGGGUUUUUCAGAAACAGAGUCACUCACUCGCUCAAAGGUUUUUGUUUCCUCUGCUUUUACUGGGUUUCUCGGAGAGUACCCAUACGAUGAGCUCUAGGAGAUUGGUCAAGAGAGCAUUGAUUCUAGAUGAGGACGAUGAGGAUGAUGUGGUUUACAGCUUCAAGGUCCUCUUGCCUAACAGCACUAGUGUGCCACUCACGGUCACUAACCCAGGACCUGAGAUGCCGAUGGAGACUUUUGUCAACCUGGUGAAGGAGGAGUAUGACAAAGCACGUAAAAGCUGUUUGUUGAUGACCAAGAGGAGAAGGGUUGACUGGAACUUGGGUGGAAAGUUCCAUCUUGAGUCAGAUAGUGAAAAGAUGGAAGGAAUGGUUCGCUUUGCUGCGUUCAAGCCCAACUCGUUACACAUAAUACGUCUUGAUGACGGUUCUGGUGUAACUUCCACCAUGUAUGAGAACCUGUGGGAUUUGACACCUGACACUGAUCUUCUGAAAGAGCUACCUGAAAAUUAUAGCUUUGAGACAGCUCUUGCGGAUCUAAUAGAUAAUUCUUUGCAAGCUGUGUGGUCUUGUUCCCCCGGAGAGCGAAGGCUGAUUAGUGUGGAUGUUUCUGCUGAUUGGAUCUCAGUCUUUGAUACUGGAAGAGGAAUGGACAGUAGUGAGGAAAAUGCUAUCGUUAAAUGGGGAAAAAUAGGGGGCUCAUUACAUAGAUCUGAAAAGACCUUUGCUAUUGGAGGCAAACCACCAUACCUUAAGCCCUUCUUUGGGAUGUUUGGAUAUGGAGGCCCUUAUGCUUGUAUGUUCUUGGGAAGGCGUACUUUGGUGUCUUCUAAGACGAAAGAGUCCAAGAAAGUAUUCACUUUGCAAUUCGAGAAAGAAGCCUUGAUUGGCAACCACUCAGUCUCUGGAAAACACUGGAAGACUAGUGGUGGCAUGAGGGACCCGACAGAGGAAGAAAAUAAGUUAUCGCCUCAUGGCAGUUUCACAAAGGUUGAGAUAUUUGAAUCAGAAUUUGACAUGUCCAAAAUAUAUCAACUACAGUGCAGGCUUAAGGAUAUUUACUUUCCUUACAUUCAGUGUGACGAACUUUCCAAAACUGGGAGGACUGAAAGGCCUGUAGAGUUUCAGGUCAGUGGAGAAGAUUUAGCUGAGAUAGCAGGUGGUGAAGUUGCCAUUACCAACCUAAAUUCCAAGGGUGAAGAGUUUUCGUUUCAGAUCCGGUUCAGUCUUGCAAGUGAAAAACGAAAAGGGAAACCUCAACAAGCAAAUGCUCGCCUCAAAUUUGUUUAUUUUCCAAUCGUCCAGGGAAAAGAAAGCAUCGAGAAAAUUUUGGAGGGAUUACAAGAGGAAGGUUGCAAAGUUUCCGAAAGCUUCGAGACUUUUGGUCGUGUUUCAAUAAGAAGGCUUGGUCGUCUACUUCCAGAAGUCCGUUGGGAUUCAAUACCGUUCAUGCAAAGAGGUAACAGAGCGUCUACUUUGCAGAAAUCUUGCCGAAGAGUAAAAUGCUUUAUCGAUUUGGAUGCUGGUUUUAGCCCAACGCCCUCCAAAACCGACCUUGCAAGCCAAAAUCCUUUCUCAGUGGCUCUAAGAAACUUCGGUAGUAAACAGACAGAUAAGGAUAAGGAUACUGAUGUCAAAAUGGUGAUUCACCGAGAAGGAAAAUCAGUCACACAAUUGGAGCAGAAUUAUCAGGAUUGGGUUAUGAAGAUGCAUGAUGCCCAUGAUGAAGAGGCUACGUCGGGUGAAGAUGAAGCUAUUCUCGUUCUUGAAUCCUUGGAUAAAAAGGCUCUUGGCAUUUUGCGUGAUGCUGUGAGGGUGCACAAGGUAGUCACGAGAAACGGAAAGUUGUGGAAACGUGGUCAGAAUAUAAAGCUUCUGAAAGGAGCUUGUGGUGGGGUUCACAAUGGUAAUAUCUAUGCUACCAUUGACUAUUUCUUAAUAGAAGGGUUUGAAGACGAAGCAGGCGGUGAUACUCGGAUUUUAUGCAGGCCUAUCGAUUGCCCUAAGAAAGAAGGAUGCAAGCUUUCAUGCAUCGAUGGAAGUUGGAGACUGGAACUUCAGAAGUCUUUAACAUUGCCUAUUACUAUAAUCGACUCUGGAAAGUGCCUACAUGCAGAUGCAGACGAAUGGACUAGAAAACUUGAAAGGCAACAGGAAAAGGCACCUUCCAAAAUUGAUUUGCUGGAUGAGAGGGAUUGCAGAGAAUUGAACAUUGAUGGGGAACUACCAGUUUCUGUGCGUGUUGGGAGAGCUCCCCCGCAACAAAUCGUGGCAGUUAUCCGACCUGCAUCCUUCACAUCCGUUACACCGUCAAAGAAGUUGGAACAAAAGCAUGUUGUUAGUAUGGAGGGCAAAGAAAUGGUCAUGGUAGUAAAACUGGUAGACCCAAAUACGAAACCAAGUGCUAAGGUUGCCACCAAAUCAGUGUGUUCGCAGCGUGUGUUUCCUACAUCCUGUAAAGGGAUUGGUGGUCUUUACAUCUUCUCCCUUGGCUCCAAGUUUCCGAACCUCUUCAAGAGAGCUGGCACUUACAACUUUUCUUUCUCUAUCGGGGACUCGAUUAGGUGCAACAAAACGGUUGUUGUUAAACCUUCUUCUAAGGCAGCAAAGUGGAAACUUGAUGAUAGUCUGGAUCCCCUGCCGUGCAAUGUUCGAGUUGGUUCGUGUCUUGGACCUCUCCGUAUAGCCUGCUUUGAUGAGUAUGAAAAUCAGAUACAGUUCACUUCUGUUCCAAGCCUGGAAGUUGAACUGAAAGCCAACGCUGGAUUUGAUCUCAAGAUUGAUGACUUUGAGACCAACCUGAUAGAUGGAGGAUCAACUCUCAUGAUCAAGGAAAUGCUCGUUGAGACUGAUGCAUUAGACAAGAUCGGCCCAAGUUAUGAUGCAACCUUGGAGAUACGCGCACAAGACAAACCUUUAAGUGUCUCGAUUGCUUGUAAAGUGAACCCCGGGCCUCUGAAACGAGUUGAAGUGAAUAAUCCUCAGGCUUUUGAAAAUUUGCUUCCAGGUUCUACUGUUGAAAAUUUGAUUCUGGAGAUGUUCGAUGGAUUCAAUAACCACAUUGCAGAAGGGACCAGUGUUCUGAUAAACACUGAGGGCUAUUGUAUCGAAGACUGGAUGGGCGUCAACCGUAAGGUUGAUGGUAGUGGCUGCAUUGAUCUCUCUGGCAUCCUCAAAGUCACAGAAGGCUAUGGAAAACAUGUCUCAUUCUCUGUUGUGUCUGAUUGUAAAGAGAUCUUCCGGAAAGAGUCUCAAAUCGAGGAACGAGAGCUAAGGCUUGUAACAGAGCGGCCCGAGUCCUGUAUUGCCGGUUCAAAUCUUACGAGCCUCAUUUUCAAAGUGACGGAUUCAGAUGGUUCUUUGGAUACUAGUAUCCAUCAUGACGAAAAAACCAGGUGUAUCCACACCCUGAGCGUUGAAUCUGAUUCAAGCAGCGUUGAGAGUGGAAUCAGAUAUGCCUUUGUUCAUGGCUCCUGCAAAAUUCCUUCUCUUUCCUUACCUGAGACCGAGGGUAUCUUCUCCGUCAAGGUUUUCCAUUCUCGGUAUCCUGAGCUUCAUGUGAAUUUAGAGAUUCUGAUAACGCCUGCUCAAACAAUUGAAAGAGAUGACGACAUUGGGUGUUCAACACCUUACUCAAGGAUGACAUCAACACCUCAAUCAGGGAUGGCUUCAGCCACUCCGUUUCCAAGAGUGACGCCAACUCCCAGUUUAGGAUUGGAACGAACUCCAUGUUCACAGUUUGGAGUUUUGGCCAUUAGGUCACCGUCAUUGAAUGGCAGUUGCCCAUCUGGCGUGAUGGAUAUACCGCAGUACACUCAGAGUCUAAAACAAGAACUCAGUACAUACGAGGCACAGCAAGAGGAAAUAGAUGAGCGCAUAAAAUGUUUGGAGGCUGAACAAGAACAGGACGAGCAAGAGUUGAUUACUUUGCAAGCUUCUCUGGAUUCUAUCUGUGCGGCGCUCCCGGAAUGCCUAUCCACUAGAGAGUCCAUGAUGAAACACAUUGAAGAGGAGCAUCAAGACACUGCAGCAUCGGUCUUCUGUUCUUUGACCAAAAAGGUUCCCCCUCCGCGGUCUUUGUUUCUGUCAAUCAAAGGAGGAGUGUUUGGCAUUGUAGCCCUUCUUGGUUCUGUUGCCUCCACUUCACUAAGCAGGAUAUUAUCUGCAUAUUUGGGGAAAGAAAAAAUGCUUGCGCUGGUAUGCAAAUCAUCAGCAUAUAGAGCAAGCUAUGCUGAGUACCUGAGGCUUCAAGAUGAAGCAGCUAGGCUCGGACGAUCCAUAACCAAUCCUCCGCAGGUUAUUUGUCUUAAUGCAUACACACCUUGGAGAAGUGGACUUGUGGAAAAUGAUCCACAGAGGAGACUAGACAUGGCUAACCCUUCCCUACGCAAUGGGGGUCUUAUACCAGGUUUCAAAGGUUACGCUGUGAACAUGAUCGAGUUGGCUGUAAGGGACCUGGAUAUAGGAACAAACAGUCAUGGGCUUAGAGAGACGCUCUUCUAUGGACUUUUUGGAGACUUGCAAGUGUACGAGACCGGGAAGGAUCUUGAAGCAGCCCUUCCUUACAUCAAAGAUGGUGUAGAUGCUGUGUCUCUAGAUGGUGUGAUCUCCAACAGAGAUGGGUUUUUAUUCUCUGGAUGCUGCGUUCCAGAUGUUCAUUUUCCAGUAACAGUACCAGAGAAUCACGAGAAGACUUUGGUGAAGAUGGAAAUAACAAGGGAGAAGAAGAGAAAGCGUGAGGAGGAGAUAGUUGAGGAGAGAGGUUUGUUGAGGAAGAUAGAGAAAAAGAUGAAGAAGGCAACGAAGAAGUACGAACGUUUCUCAGCCAUGGCUGACUCUCAGGACCGUAUAAAUAAAUGUUAAUGGGACAUGAAAGAAGAGUCGUUUUGGUAUUAGUUUUUAGUUCAUGAAACUUGGAUCUUGCUUGUUUAUUAUUGUGUCGGUUAGGACUGAUCUUUUGUGAAUAUGAUCUGUGUUCGUUGUUUUGCUACACUCUAUGUUCUCACGUUUAUAUAAGCUUUUUGUUAUAAGGUA